AUGUCGACUGUCUUAUUGUCAUCAUCAUCCAAUUCAACAACAGUUACUCAAGCAAAUCUGCUCAUAUCAACUACAAUAACAGCAAAUACAACUACUGAUGUUUAUGAUCAUCAAGGUGCUGCACUUUAUAUAGCUAUUAUUCUUGUUUGGUAUUCAACUGGUUUAGCUAUGAUGCUUUUUCUUCAAGUACGUCCACGUACAUUAGAACAACACUUUUCAUUUGAUACAUCACAUUCAUCAAGACAAAAUCGUCUACAAAAAAUAACAACAAAUCCAUUAAAAAAAUAUCAAAAUAUUGAAGCUGAUAAUACAACAAAACAAAUAUUAAAUGAAUUAAAAGAUCCUGAACGACGAAAACGUUUAUGGAAAAUAUAUUAUGCAUCAUCAGAAAAACAAAAUGAACCCGAUCCACAAUAUUAUCAAACAAUAUCAUCUGAUAAUGUUACAAUUGAUCGAAUUAAAAAAAAAUUAGCUGAUAUACAUAGAAUGAAUUCAACUAAUGAUGAUAAUAAUCGAAUACAAUCAAAUAAUACUUCUACAAAUAAUAAUCGUUCAUUAAUGUCAGCAUUUGAUUCAACAAAAAUUUUUUCUAAACGUUUUCCUACUUUACGUCGUCCAAUUACUGGUACAACAACAAACAAUACUCGACCACAAUUUACUCGAGCAAAAUCUCAAACAGAUGAAUCAUUACCAGAUACCAUUGUUGAAAUAGAACCUCUUAUUACUAGAAAACAAUCAUUACCAUUAUCACCAACUUCUUGUUCUCCCGAAGGAAAUCCUACAACUUCAGAUCGAUUUACUAUCGAAAAAGUAUCUGAUAAUAAUACAAUAGAUCCUAUUGUUAAUGAAACUACAUCACAAUAG